AUGGGACUGGAGAGACAGUGGCUUCAGGCGAUCACUGCUCUAGCCAUCUUUCUGCUAAGUGUGUCUCAAGGCUUGUCGUCAGUGGUUCGUGGCAGAGAAGGGGGCUCUGCAGAGCUGGGUUGCAGUCUCACACCAAAAUCUGUUGACGCCACCAGCCCAAACCUCUUUCCAUUACAUGUGGUUGAAUGGGUGCGGCUCGGUUACAACGUUCCCAUCCUCAUCAAAUUUGGAGUGUAUGCUCCUCGAGUUCAUCCCAACUACAAGGGGCGUGUCUCCCUGACCCGCGGCGCCUCCUUGCUGGUGGAGCGGCUGACCCUUGAGGACGAGGGCUGGUUUGAAUGCCGCAUCCUGCUCCUGGACAGCAAAACGGACGACUUCCAAAAUGGCACGUGGACAUUCCUCUCCAUCACAGCUCCACCCGUGUUUAUCAAGACACCACCGAGUUUUGUGGAGGUUCUGCUUGGAGACUCAUUGACACUCAGCUGCGGCGCUCAUGGCAACCCCCGCCCAACUGUUGUGUGGCACAAAGAUGAAAGCCCAAUUGAGAAACAUGAAAAAAUCAAAGUGCUUAACGGUACCUUGUCUUUGACCUCAGCCACAAGAAGCAUUUCAGGAGUGUACAAAUGUCACGUUUCCAAUUCAGAAGGCAACCUUACACACGCAACACAACUGCAGGUCAAAGGUCCCCCAAUCAUCAUCAUCUCACCAGAGGACACCACUCUCAAUAUGUCUCAGGAUGCAGUUCUGCAGUGCCAGGCUGAUGCUUACCCGUCCAACCUGACAUAUGAAUGGAUGAAACAAGGACAGAAUGUUUACCAUAUUGAAUCUCUAAAAUCCAGAGUGAAGGUUUUGGUGGACGGAACCCUUUUAAUCCCUAAUCUAAUCCCAGAAGAUGCUGGAAACUACACAUGUAUCCCAACAAAUGGGAUAUUGACUCCACCCUCAGCCUCAGCUCAUCUGAAAGUUAAACAUCCUGCUCGAGUUGUACGAAUGCCCAGGGAAACCUACUUGCCCUCUGGCAUGGAGGGGGUGAUUGUAUGUCCUGUCCAGGCGGAUCCCCCAGUGCUUUACGUGAACUGGACCAAAGAUGGGAACAACUUAAAUCUAGAUAAUUUUCCAGGGUGGAUGGUGAAUUCUGAAGGUUCGGUUUUCAUAGCAACAGCAAAUGACAAUGCUGUGGGCAUGUACAGUUGCACCGCAUAUAACAGCUACGGCACAAUGGGUCAGUCUGACCCCACUCAGGUCAUUCUGCAGGAUCCACCCACAUUCCUAGUGCCUCCCCGGCCUGAGUAUCUUCAGGAGGUGGGCAGAGAGUUGAUCAUACCCUGUGAAGCUGGUGGCGAUCCCUUGCCAAACAUAACAUGGAGCAAGAUUGGCCGAAUUCCUCGUUCUCAGUAUUUUGUGUUGGCCAAUGGCUCCCUCAUGCUGCAGCCUCUCAGUAAAGACCAUCACGGGGGCUGGGAAUGCUUGGCCUCUAAUCGUGUAGCAACUGUCAGUGUGGGAACUGUGGUAAUGGUGCUGGGUACAAGCCCUCAUGCUGUGUUUUCAGUAUCUGUAAACACAGAAAUAAACCAAGCUAAUGUGUCAUGGGUCCCUGGGUUUGAUGGUGGAUACACCCAGAAGUUCACUGUGUGGGUCAAGCAAGCAUCCAGAGGUAAACAUGAAUGGGCAUCUUUACCCGUACCCACAUCUAAGAACUACCUGUUGGUCACCGCUCUGCUGGCUGCAACUAGUUAUCAGUUCAGUGUUCUACCUCAGAAUAAACUCGGCUCUGGACCUUUCAGUGAAAUUGUUACUGCAAGAACUCAAGCUUUUCCAACAGAAGCCCCAACCAUCGUCACCACUUUAGUCGCACUUGAACCGCCCUUAAUCUUGUCUGCUAACCGGACCACGCUUGGUGUUCUCCUCCAAUGGUCAAAUCCUGAGGCUCCAUCCUCUCCGUUGACAAGUUUUGUGCUGCAGGCUCGUCGAAAUCAGGGCCAGUGGGUCAUCCUUAGCAGCAACAUCAGUGCCAAUGAGAGCGAAGUUCUUGUUCAGGGACUGCUUCGCGACUCCAGUUAUGAUCUGAGGCUGAUGUCCCGUAGUAAUCAAGUGCGCAGCGAACCAAGUGAUUUUGUCAGUAUAUCUACGACAGGGAUGCAGAUUUACCCACUAAGCCCGAGUUUUUUGGAGCUCCUUCCUGCACCUCUCCUAGCUGGUGUGAUCGGUGGAGUCUGCUUCCUUUUCAUGGCCAUUGUGCUCUCAUUAGUAACAGCUUGCUAUAUGAGAAAUUGGCGAGCACGUCGGCGUAGGAAGAGACAACAAGAUGUCCCACCUGCUUUCCAGAAGAGUCCAUCUUCAGAAGCUCGCUCGCCUCCUCGCAGUCCAGACAGUGUCUUGAAGCUAAAGCUGUGUCCACCCAUUCCCUUCUUCCCAACGUCCUCAUCACAGUACGAUCGCUCCUCUUUUGAUAAAGGCAGUCGAGGAGAAUAUCAAGAUCAGCGCAAGCAGCUUUUAGCCAACUCAUCUCCACCACCACAUUACACACUCUUUGAGAGCCACCUGGGGUCCCAGGCUCCCUCUCCAACAUCUUUGGAGUCUAUUCACAGAGGCCCAGAUGGACGUUUCAUUAUCCAACCUCUGAUCGAGAAUUCCAGUCCCUCCAAUAAGAAAAAUCUCAAGGAUAUCUUGCAAAGCAAUGGUGGUGCAAGUGGCUCAGGAAGCAAUCGUACGUCCUUUAGGGACUCCCCAAAGUCAAGUAUCUUGAGUUCUGACAGGGAUGUGAGGAAAGAUUCUCCACUUACUGUAGAUGUCCUGGCGCUUAAUAAACCUCCUCAAUCUCCGGGAAAAGUACGAACCCUUGCUCGGAAUUUCUCCCGUCAUGGCUGCUUUUACUCCGAUGAUGAACAUGGCUCAGAGAACCUCCUAGAAAGAGCAAGCUUUUAUUCUGAUAACAGUGAUAAAAAACCUAGUGAUUCUCUGAGAAGGCAUCGCAAGGCAGCUCGUACUGAAGACCUUUUCCCUAUUUUGUCGAGGAAAACCUACAUUUUGGAUAGAGAGGCAGACAGACCGCAGUCCUCAGCUUAUCAACCCAUGGCCAGUCACCUUACUGAUGAUAGCACGCUAAUCACACAACUUGAUAGCGACCUGGAGAAUGACAGCAUAAAAAAGUGCAUACAGCUGGCCAGGGAGAGGGAGGAAAUGGAGCGUGAGCUCGAACGCUAUACAACCAAUAACAGAAACCGAGAUGACGGGAAAGGGAGCCCGCAGUGUAGCGUAUCCCAGUCAGAUGAAGACCCUGUAUGGAAAUUACAAGAUGUAACCCUUCGUCAAAAACACAAGCCCUCAGGCCACACAAGUCGGGUAGCAGACUAUCGAAGAGCGUGCUACUUUGGCAGCACAAGUAGCCCUACAGACAGAGUUUGUUCAUCUCACAUUCAAUGGGACAUUAGCCCUGUUACAGCCAUGACAAACCUUGUUCCAGUGAAGAGCCCCUGGGAGACCACAUCUGUACAGCAUUCUCAUCCGUCUGUAGAAACUACAAACUCGUUUGGUGUUGAUUCAUCUCAUACUCAGGUAUCGCUACCUUACCCUAUGAGCAUCAAGUUAAAUCGAAUUGCAAAGACGGCAAAUAUCAAAGCUGUGAUGACCGUCUCAGCUCUGGAUCAGAAAGAGAAGGUGUUCGAGGACGCUCCAGGAGGAGUGAAAAGGGGCAAUUCUCUCAUAGCCCUAGCCCUGUGUCACCACUAA